CUGUUCCUGCACUUUGUGGUCAGUGGAGAAAAUCUAUGGGGAAAAGUAGCUCGGGAGCGUUUGUUGAGUCACACACAGCGAAGCAGAAAAGUAAAGAAAAAGAAUGACACUGCAUUGCAUAGAUGUGUGUCGGUCGAAAUUGACAAACUCGGAUAUAUUUUUAAACGCCGGCGGGCGGGUUUACAGCCGUGCGCGAGUAGACAUCGCGAAUGAGGUUAGGGACAGUAAUAAGAAGAAAAAGAACGACAGUAAUCCUCGAGAAUCAAAUGCGAUUAGAAACAGCAGUACAGUUUCCGUGGUUUAUCACGAUUGAAGUUGGCUGUUGAAAUUUGCACCAAUCCACCCGUCCCUUGAGGUUGGGCAACUCAAACAUCAUCGUAGUCGUAAUGUCAGAGUAACGCCGUUACUGACAGUUCAGUACGGUAGCUUCGGGUUGAGUGUGUGCGUGACAGGCGCGUUUUGAACAGGCUUCAAUAGUGUGUGUGUGUUUGCUACCUUCAAACACAGAGCGAUUCCUCCGCUCCCGCUCUGCUGGCCUUCGUUGUCAUCUUUUCCGCAGUCGUCGCCUUCGUCGUCGUCGUCGUCAUGAAAAGAAAAAAAGGGCAGAGUGGUUGGCAGUAGUAGUAGGAAAGGCAGCAGCAGCAGCAGCAGCAGCAGCAGCAGCAGAGGCAGCUUUUCAUCCGGCUGUUCGUGCGAUUGAGACGCGUCGCGUAAGCGAAGAAGAAAAGUCCCAUUUUGUGCUCGCUCCGUGUCACGGGAUGUGUUUGAAAGUAGUUGACGAAAAAUGUUCCUUUGAGGAAUGUGAUUAGUGUUUAGGGGAAGAUGUGUGUUUUCACUCAUGAGCUGAAAGUUUAAGGCAAAACAUUAUCUACACAGGAAAAGAAGGAAAGCAGUGUGAUGUGCCUGGUGGCAUCUUGAAUCAUUGGUUCGUUCGCUAUGGUUGGUGCAGUGUGUUUUUCCUACAGCGUUCAUUGGCGUUGGGUGACCCUUUAUCGGCGUGCAAACCAUUUUCUAUGGUAAAUUUAUUUUGUGCAAAUGAGAAUAAAGCGACCAAAGUGUCGGAGAGGACUGCAGAAUUCUUUGAACAAUAUACGGAUUGACAAAGGUGUAAUAGAAACAAGAACAUUGAAGCGGUGGCGUAGAGCAUUUGAGUGAGUGUGGCAAACAAAUCGGUUGUGUGUGUGUGUGUGUGCGGAAAGGCGGUGAUGCAUGUUUGUGAAGGAAGAAAUGAAAAACAAAAACGAACCCUCAUCUAUCUGCAGUAGUAGUACAUUGCGCGAGUGAACACAGCCUACUCUGCGGGGGGCUGCAUAAAAGGCAUUUAGUGUAGUGCUUCUGGGGUUUUAGCGUAAGUUGUAGCGCACAGUGUAAAGCUAGUAGAGGAAGAAGCCCCAUACUCGCAGUAGAGAAGCAGAGAAGAAGAGUUAAACGAACAGAAAAUGAACCCACGAUGAAGCGCGGGAGAACGGAAGAGAUACAAUUCGGGCAACCGCGGGUUCAGCCUCCGACGGGACAGCAGCGCAUUAUCACGACAACGCAACCGCACAAUGUGGCCAGCAGCACUGGCACGACCAUACAGUACCAGAUUCCGCCGAAUGUCAUAAAGACGGCCACGCCGCCCGAUUCAGUCAAUUCCGUGACUAAUCUGAGCACCCAGCAGCAGCAGCAACAGCAAGGGACCCAGCUGGUCGCACCACAGCAGGCCACCAGUGUCCAGUACACAACCACUUAUAACACCACGCUUGGAAGCAAUUUGGUAAAAACCCAGCAAACAACGAAUCCACAGCAGCAGCAAAUCCACGUGGUGAACGCGUCGAAUCAAGUGCGCGGCCCAACCCACAAAAGCACCGUGGUUAAUGCCACGGCCGUCGCGACGAACGCGGGCACGGCAAACAGUAACAGUUCCGUAGUAAGCAGCGGCGGUGUAACCGCAGGAGGAGGAGGAGGGCAGCAAGUUAUAACGACCAGCAUGUCGCCGGGCGUCCUGCCAGGAGGUGGAGGUGGUGCGGCACAGGGCCCGCCACCUCCUCCGCCCCAGGGGCAGGCCCAGCUGCAGCGGUUGAAGGUGGAGGACGCGCUCAGCUAUCUCGACCAGGUGAAGUUCCGCUUUGGCAAUCAGCCCCAGGUGUACAAUGAUUUCCUCGACAUCAUGAAAGAGUUCAAAUCGCAAAGUAUCGACACGCCCGGCGUCAUCCAGCGAGUGUCCAACCUGUUCCGGGGCCAUCCGGAGCUGAUCGUUGGGUUCAACACGUUCCUGCCGCCGGGAUACAAGAUCGAGGUGCAGGCGAACGACCAAGGCUGCUACCUGUUCCAGGUGUCCGUGUCGGUGCCGCCGACGGCAUCGUCCGGUGCGUCCGUAGCGCCGCAACCCUCACCGCACAAGUACAACACGAUCUUUCAGGGCGGCGGUCAGAUAGCGACCGGUGGGCCCGGAAGUGGGGCGGGCGGAACGACCGUUGUAACCGCGAGCUCGGUCGGGAACGCUUCCGGCACGACCGGAGCCGUAAAUCUCAUGGCCUACGGCGGUGGGCAUGCGGCCACCGCAGCGCCAGGCGCUAGCGUCCCCAUUCACGGCGGCACACCGUUGCAGCAGCCGACGGGUGGCACGGCGGGAGGUAACGCUAGCCCGGCGACGGCACAGAACGCGCAAACCUUAACGGCCACCACGACAACGACCGGGGGAGCAUCCGGGCCGCAGGUGGCGCAGAAUUUCUCCUCGCGCAGUGACCAUCACCGCGAACGGACGAUAUCCACCGGUUCGGUCGCCAGCAAUGCCAGCCUGCCGACGGGCGUUACCGCCUCUACGGCGUCGUCCACUACAGUGGUGUCGGCGGUAGACGCUACGACCGGCGGAGGAUCAGCCGGCGCAACGGUUGUGACGGGCCAGGCAACGCCAUCCAACAUACAUCGGAUAUUAACGCAGCAGAUUAUCUCGCAACAGCAGCAGCAGCAGCAGGGAACGGGAGCUGCCGGGGCAGGGAUGGUGCCGGCGGGCAUGGUGACCGCACCGACACAGGUGCAGCACCACCAGCAGACGACGAUGCAGCAGGUGCAACCGCCGCCGGAGGCGCAGACGGCGACCGUCACGACGACGGUGGUGCCGACGCCCACGGCCACCGCUAACCAGCCGGUCGAGUUCAAUCAUGCCAUUACGUACGUGAACAAAAUCAAAAACCGAUUCCACACGCAGCCAGAAAAGUACAAACGCUUCCUCGAGAUUCUGCACACCUACCAGAAGGAGCAGAAAACGUACAAGGAGGGAGCCCAGAGCGGUUGCAUGACGAGCGCGAAGCAGCUGACCGAGGCGGAGGUGUACACCCAGGUGGCGCAGCUGUUCGACAAUCAGGAGGAUCUGCUGCGAGAGUUUGGGCAAUUCCUGCCCGACGCGACCAGCCACCACAACCAGGCGGCCAUGCAGCAGCACCAUCUGGCCUCGGGCAAGAACAAUUCGCAUAACUUGGUGGUGAACGCCUCGAUGCACGACCACCAGCAUCAACAGCAGCAGCAACAGCAGCAACAACAGCAACAGCAGCAGCAACAACAGCAGCAGCCGCAGCAGCAACAGUUGGGAGUGCCAGCCGGCACGGCAGGUAUCGUCGGUCUAGGGAGCGGUGCUUCCGGGCCAGCGGUGCACGGUGGUGGCGGCGGUGGCAAAAAGCUGGGCAAUUCCAACAUGGCAGGCGUGGGAAGUGGUGCAGGAAUAGCCAAUUUGAAGGUGUACAACAGUAUGCAGCCGGCUAACAUGGGUCGUCUGCAGCAAGAGCGCGACUUUUCGACAAUGGGCACCGAUGGCAUCAGCAUCCAUGGGUCGGGAGUCGGUGGAGGUAUGCCGCCGGGCAGCACCAUCUCCGUGAGCAGUGGUGCCAUUCGGACUGCCGGCGGCAACAUUGUCGGUACCGCCGCGGUCAUGCUGGAAAAGGAUCGCAACCACAUGGGCGGUGUUGGCAGUGGACCCGGCAGUGGUGGGGUGGGCGGUGUCGGCGGAGGUGGAAUGAAUGCGAAGUACAUUCAUGGUGCAUCGAUCGCCACGAUGAAUGCCACUGGUGCCAUGGUAGGCGGAAGCGUACUGCCACCCGGAGCCGGCCCCAACGUAGUGCCGAGCGUGAUGGCAAACCUAGUGUCGGCGAAUGUUGGAGGAGGUGGUAGCGGCGGCGGUAUGAACGCGAUCAAACGAUCGCCUUCGUACGCAGCGGGCCAGAUCGGGCUGGUGGGUCCGGGCGGCCCGGCUGGCCACGGUAACAACAUGAGCUCGUCGCGCGAUCGUGGCGACGGCAGCGGUCCGCCGCCGAUCAAGCGGCACAAGCCCAUCUGCAGGGACGUGUCGCUGGCAGAAGCGUCCAAGUACGGCACGCUAAACGAUUACGCGUUCUUCGACAAGGUUCGCAAAGCGCUGCGCAGUCCGGACGUGUACGAAGACUUCCUGCGCUGCCUGACGCUCUACAACCAGGAGAUAGUAUCGAAGAUGGAGCUACAGACGCUGGUUUCGCCGUUCCUGAACCGGUUUCCCGAUCUGCUAAAGUGGUUCCAGGACUUCCUCGGCCCGUCCACCGGGGUCGGUGGUGGGGCGGCGAACGAUUGCAUACCGCUCACGGCAGCGGCUGCGGCCGCCGCCCGCCAGGAUCGCGAUCGCACGCAGAGCGAGCUGGCCGCGGAUGUCGAUUUGUCGACGUGCAAGCGGCUCGGUGCGAGCUACUGCGCGCUGCCCAAAUCUCACGAAGGUGUGAAGUGCUCCGGCCGAACGAACCUCUGCCGGGACGUGCUAAACGACACGUGGGUGUCCUUCCCGACCUGGGCCGAAGACUCCACGUUCGUGACGUCGCGCAAGACGCAGUACGAGGAGUUCAUUUACCGGUGUGAGGAUGAGCGCUUCGAGCUGGAUGUGGUCAUCGAGACGAACAGUGCCACCAUUCGCGUGCUGGAAGGCGUGCAGAAGAAGCUGACGCGCAUGUCGCAGGAUGAAGUGAGCCGGUUCCGAUUGGACGACUGUCUGGGCGGAACGUCAACCACGAUACACCAGCGCGCUCUGAGGCGCAUCUAUGGCGAUAAGGCGGCGGAUAUCAUACAGGGGCUGAAGAAGAACCCAUCGGUGGCCGUACCGGUCGUGUUGCGACGCAUGAAAGCCAAGGAGGAAGAAUGGCGAGAAGCACAGAAGAGUUUCAACAAACAAUGGCGAGAGCAAAACGAAAAGUACUACCUGAAAUCCUUGGACCACCAGGGUAUCAACUUCAAGCAGACCGACAUUAAAGCCCUCCGAUCGAAAAGUUUGUUCAAUGAAAUUGAGACACUUUUUGAUGAGGUGAGUUACAUGAAGCGCCAUGAACAAAACGACGACGCAGCGGCCGUCCCGCAGGCCAGUGGGCCUCACAUGACCAUACCAUACAAAGACAAGACAAUACUGGAAGAUGCUGCAAACCUGCUAAUACACCACGUGAAACGGCAGACGGGCAUCCAAAAGCAGGAGAAGGCCCGGAUAAAGCACAUCCUGCGGCAGUUUGUGCCGGAUCUAUUUUUCGCUCCUCGUCAGCAGCUCAGUGAAGACGAGCGAGAAGAGGGUAAGAAUGAUAAAGAUACGGAGAUGGAACAAGAUGAGGAGGUUAGCAGCGCUGGCAAAUCGUCUAGCAGCGGUAAAAAAUCGUCCAGCAAUGUCCCGAGCUUUUCUGGUAGCAAUUCAACUAGCAAUUGCAAUCCAUCCAGUAAUGCUUCGGGCGCGGCUACCUCCACCGAUACGUCAGCGACCAACACGAGUGUAUCGGAAGGAACCGGCAAGGAUGGGGAAGGUGGCAACGGUGGUGCAUCGAAAACAGUCUCAAUAUCUUCAACUUCCGCUGAUCUGCAAUCGGCUACUUCCUCAUCCGCGACGGUGACCUCAUCCGGCGCCGAAGCCUCCCGAACGAAGGAAGACGGCAAUGGAAGCAGCAAUACCGCAAGCGGAAACGACGACAGCUCCACGGAUAAGUCGACGACAAUAAAGAUAGAAAUUAAAGAAGAAAGCGAUGCAUCUAUGAUGCAGGAUCCGGCUUCCGCGAGCUCUGGAACCACCGGGCAGCAGCCGAUGAGCCCUCCGUUACCACCGCACGCCGUCAGCAAACAUAUCGAGGAAGCAUAUACGCUAUUCUUCACUAACAACAGCUGGUACCUGUUCCUGCGGUUGCACGCGAUACUGUGCGAACGUUUGCGUUCGAUCUACGAGCGCGCUCAGAUAAUCGCGGCAGAGGAGCGUGCAUACGAGAGCACCCGGAACAACAGUACCGCCACCGCGUUACGGUUAAAGCCGAAGAGUGAAAUCCGUAUCGAGGAGUACUACAACAUUUUCCUGGACAUGUUGAAAAACCUGCUCGAUGGCAAUAUGGAAUCGAGCAGCUAUGAAGACACACUACGGGAAAUGUUUGGCAUUCACGCCUAUAUUGCAUUUACACUCGAUCGGGUUGUACAAAACGCGGUACGACAGUUACAACACUGCGUCACGGAACGGGGAGCACUGGAGUGUGUAGAAUUGUUCCAGGCGGAGCAAAGACGGGGUGGUGCCGGUGGCCUGUGCCGGACAGCUAACCGGCGGAUCGCGGCCGAGCUGGCAUAUCAGCGCAAGGCGGAAGCUGCACUGCAGGAUGAAAAUUGUUUCAAAAUCUACAUCUACAAAAUCGAUUGCCGGGUUACAAUCGAGCUGCUGGACACCGAGUCGGACGACACGGCAAACAACUUCGCCAGCACGCAAGCCUACGGCUCCUACGUCAAUCGUCUCUCAAACCCAGCCGCCACUGGUACCGGAAGUGAUAGUGGUGGAGGCGGUGGUGGUGGUGGUGGUGGUGGCAGUGGUGGAGGUGGUGGUGGCGUAGGUAGUGGUGGUGGAAGUGUUGCUGCUGCAAACGCCGCAGCUAGUGGAAGUAGUGUCACCGGUGGUGCAAGUGGUGCUGGUGGUGUUGGUAAUAGUGGUGGUGGAAGUGGUGUGGCGGAAACUGGUGCAUCGGUGAACUCGAGUAGCGGCAGUAGUAGUGGUGGAAACAAUAAUCACAACAGCACUCCCGCCGGAACAACAAACAGUAGCAGCAGCAGCAGCAGCAACAACAGUGCCGCUGGUGGAAGCACUGGAAAUGCUGAGGUGAAAACGGAAACUCCCGACGUCGAGCUGAAACCGCAGCAAUUAGUGGGCUCUACGCGUAUGCCCGUAUUCCUAUCCCGCAAUGCAAGGCACAGCCGAAAGCACACAGUGGGGAAAAUUUCGGUCAACAUCGAGGGAAAUCCGGCAACGCUGAAGGAGCUGCAGGCGGGCGAUGCUGGAGAAGAAAAUUCCCCCAACAGCAGCAAAAACGCGAAAGCUUCUGAUGCAAAUUCCUCCUCCUCCUCCUCCUUCUCCUCUUCUUCGACGAGUAAUGGGUCGAAGCAGCAGCAGUCACAUUCGAAUGUUGGCGGCGUGGAGGGUGAAAAACAACGUGCCCUAAACGAAUCAACCAGUGAAGCUACCGGUGCUACCGGAGGAAAAGUCAAGUCCUCCCAGCAAGAAGAAAGUGGUGCGACCACUGGGAAAGGAGAAACGAAUCCUUCAUCUUCUCCAGCUGCUGCUACUGCUGCUGCUUCGGCAACGAGGGAUAGCUGUGGAAAUGGCGGAAAAGCUGCUAGCAGUGGCAACAAUAACAAUCUAAACAGCAUCAAUAACAAUAACAGCAUUUGCAGCACCAACAAACAGCUAGACAAUCCGCUCUGGUUCGGCGGUAGUGGCGUGAAGAAGGCUCCACCACCCGAAAGGCUGCCGUGUAUGAAUGGUGCGGAUCGCAAUCUGCUCUACAUCGAUGAUAGCGAGCAGAUGAAAGUGAACCGUACCUUCAAGACGAACCAGGUGCAGAAGAAGAACUUCACAAUGUAUCGGCCUGGAGCACUGACACGCUCAAGAAAGAGCCACUGUCGCGUUACUACACGGAUGAACCAAAGGUUUAAGAAGGUGGUGGAUACGUGGCUAGACCAGCAUGUAACCGCUUCCCAGCGGGCAAUGUGUGUCGAUUGGUUGCUCGGUAAGCGGCAGGACCUCAUGAAGAACACAACCUCCGUUAUCGUUCAAGACAAUGGAUUGAGCCGUACUCCGUACGCGCCUUACAAUAGGUAUAAGGUAGAUCAAAUAGAGACGAUGAUGGAGUAGGUAAAUAGCGAAAACCGAGACGAAUGCACCGUGCUGUGGGCAGACGCUAUGCCUUAUGGAAUGAAAUAUUCAUUCUGUAUAAAGGUGUAAGGUGUAUGCCAAGCGAUGAAGCACAUUUUUAGCUGUGUUUUGCUAAAAUACCAUAAUGUACUAUAAUUACUUUUACUUUCAAGCAUGAGCCAGACAAACUCGUGCGUCUAAUAAGUAUGACAUGUGCCUAUUCAUUCGAGACUAAGAUUAAGGAAAGAAUAUCAUUGUAAGAAGAGAAUCACUACACAAUGAUAAUGUUUUAUUUAACUUCGAUUUUCUUUCAAUGUUACACAAUUGUUGUACUUUGCUGUAUAAUAUCCGUUAAAUGAUGCAUGGUAGUACGCGUAGAGGUACUGUUGGGCAUACCUUUAAAAGGGCAAUUUAAGGCAAAACGUUUUCAAAAUAGAGCACAUAAGCUCCCAUCAGCUCACAAGAGAGCGCCGAUUGAUCAGUAGGAUAAGGUGAUGAGUUGAGGGAAGAGAACUUUUAUUUUUUAUAUUUUUACUGCGUACAAAAAUAAGUUAGCUAAGAAGAGGUGCAUGCGAGACACGAAGCUAGAAGAGAGUGUGUGUAAAUAAGAACGUUUUACUUUGUGUGAGAAAGUCAAAUUGAUGAUACAAUAGUGCGCGAGAUGGGGAGAGGAUAGUGUGAGUCUCGGAAGGUGUGUUACCGAGGAUUCAUAAAAAGAGCAAUCUUUCCGUCCAUUACAUCAACCAUUUAACAUGCAAUCAACCGACCAAAUGUGGAUUCAACAGCGCAGCACUUUUCUGCGAAAUGUGAGUGUUAAAAGAGGAGACAAAAAGGUGGGUCAAAAAGAAGAGAGAGGAGACAAAAAGAAGCCGCCAGUCUAGCUAGUAAAAAACAUGUCUCUGGCUUGGACAACCAAGGUGCAAAUGAACAACAUGAAAAUAAAUGUAAGUCGUGAUGCUGGAAAAAUCAAAACAACAGCAUUGAAAGUUGAACAAAUGAAA